AAAAACCGAGCUUUUGCACGGAGAGCAAAAUCCCGCCGUGGCCGGCGUCGAACAAUUGUCGGGAAACAGCGAACGGGAGCCUCCCCCGGCCAAGGAAGUGGUGCGAAUAGGAAGGGUAUUGUUAUAUACAUGACAAGAUGGAAGCCCAGAAGCUGCUGAAGGACAAGAAGUUCUGGUUCGCCUCCUUCCUCAUUGCUUGGGCCGCUGCUCUGCAGGGUCACAUGAUGUGGAUGCAGAAGCAGGAUUCUUUCAAGCAGAAGUUUGGGAAUCUCAAUGAAAGCGAUGAAGGAGAUAAGUGAAACCCCAUUUACUAGAGUUCAGGAUCGAGUCUGAGAAAUGUACUUUUAAUGUUUCUCAGGCUGACAAGAACUAGCACGUCGGAGUAGAUUGGCAUCUGAACAUUGCGACGCUAGUUGGCGUAGAUUGGCAUCUGAACGCUACGAAAUUCUGACAUUGUUCUCGGUACUUUGAACUAAUGAUCCUUUCUGUUUGUGUCUCAUGGUUAUGUCAAAAUAGUGUUAGAUAUGCAGAAGACUAGACGUGAAUAACAAAAGGGUGCUGCUGAUUAGGCUCAUGCGCUCAUUUGUUCUUAUCACUGCAGAAGAAGCAUAAGUGCACCCUCUAUAUUCCGGAUAUGGACUUUUUCUCUUGCAGUUGAGCAAUGUUCUUAUUUCUAAUUCAUUCAGUAGAGGAUUCUACAUAAAUCGAUUUUGGGAUGUUUCUUGUCUCGAAUGACAUAGGAGCCAUAUUAAGACUUCAUUCUCAAGGAAUGGAAAGCAUCCCUCUUCCAUCCAAGUCUCAUCGAACAGAACAUUAGUGAUGGUCCUUGUGAAGUAAUAACUAACUUGUUCUACUUAUAGCUUUCAGGAGUAAGCCUGGAUGAAAGAAGAGGAACUCUGGAACUCAAGGAAUAAACUAGUUGGGGAUGAUCUAUGAUAGGCAGAGCUAAUUAUAAUCCUAUAAGACAGAACAGAUCACAGUUGUGUCUUGAAUCAUUGCAUUGACAGGGCUAUCGAGAAAUGCCAUUAGAUGUGAUGAUUGGAAUUUCUGUGCUUCAUAUGCAUUGUUGGUGACUGGAACUUAAGUAUUCGUGCAUUUGUGGAGUGGUAUGUUGCUAUAUUUGAUUUACUUUCAUGCUUC